GUGAACGUGUAGGCCGUUAAAUGAACGCAACGCGUUUCGCGUAUGUGCCGCUCUUCCACUUGAUAUGUACAUUAUUUGCUUCAAUUCUGCGGUCAGGUGGUAGCUUACGCAUUUAAAAUAGCGCGAUAGAGCAACGAAAAUUAAAAAAAAGACACGAAAUCGUAUAAAUGUGAUUAUGAAUAAGUUAUUGUGUAAAUCGUUUUACCACUAUGUGCGAAAAAGUGCAGGUAAAAAAUAUGAUUUACCAGCACCUACGUAUUGAUUAUUGAAAUCUUUUAAUUUUGUGGGCGUUCCAAAAUUUCAGCACCCUUUUUGUUCUCAUUUAGAAUUGCACGAUUUUAUUGCGAUCAAAAACCAGUUUCAUGAAUUGUAAUUUACCUUUGAAAUACAAUAUGAAUUCAUUUUGCUUAUAAUCGUCCCCUGGAAACGCGAGCCCAGUUUAGGGCGGCAAAAUGCCAUUUCGCAUAGGCAAGAUUUUAGCAAUAUUGAUUACUGGAAGCUGCGUACUGUGCGUCUUGCUGACGCUCGUGUUUGAUUGUUAACCUUUCAUCAGUGGGAAAAGUCUCAUGGGCCAAUGUGUGUCGCGUAAGGCCGCCGGUGCCUUCGCCGCUUCUGCUGCUACCACACAUAAGUCAUCAAUGAAUCAGCACAAGAAAUCGCAGAGCCCAGAUUACGAUGACAAUAAGGAAACGACAACAAAGAAUUCAGGAUUACAUUCCAAGGGGGUUGCAACAUCCUUCGGUUUUCGGCGUCGACCAGUUACUGCACCGGCAAUAUCCGACAACGCCACAGCAGCCAGAAGACUUGCCAAACAAGAAUUGAUAGAUAGAAAUGGGAACGGCGAUACGGCAUCACUCGCCAACAAUGCGAUACCACCCGGACGAACCACUCCUCGAUUGGCACCACCACGUAAGGAAGCCAACGCAACAAGAGUCAGUCGCUUCGGUUUUAGAAAACCCAACGCAAAUAGAUUAAAUCGAGUUGCCGAUCUUAACGUUGAUAAUAUCGAUGUUUCUUUCGGGCCACAGAGUAAUAACAAUAGACUUAAUUACAAAACUUCAAUGGCGGUGAUCCAAACGCGUACCAAAGCGACCGUCGAUUCGAACGAUAAUAAAACAAGAGCAACGUACGCACAACCGCAACUAGGGAGGUAUACGUUACAGUCAAGUCAGCUACCGAGGCCGCAGAUGCCAGUACGUGUGGUAGAUAGUAAAAGUGCAAAACAAUUAGCUAAUAAUAAUAGAAGGGCUUUUCGCGCAAUGCAACCGAGCGAAGACUCUUCCAAGGAAGGUUCUAUGACUGAAGAUUCGGGUGUUGGAAGUCACUCAAGUGCGGGAACAUGCGAAACCGAUACCUUGCAGGGUGUUGAAUUACUAGAUAUCUCGCCAACUGGUGCAGUAGACCGAAAAAGCUUUCCUCACAAAGCUAAACAUUAUGAAAUGGUUGUAUCCGGAAAGAAUUUCGAUCUUCGGGAUUUAGAUGACACUGUGGAACCAAGCGUGCCUCUUCCACAGUUGCCCAGCGCUUUUCAAAGUAAUUACAAUACCGGCUUCGUACGCGAAAGGCGAUUAGAAUAUGAAAAGCACAUAGAAAAAUGUAGGCGAAAAAUUUCGAUUACCUCUUCGGAAGGAUUUAGUGAUGAUUAUGUAGAUGGCGAAGUAAUUGUACAAAGGAAUGAAUGUAAUAACGCUAAUAGUCUACCUCCAAAAAACUUCCUUAAACCUAAGUCGAAAUUAUUAGAUAAUUCCAGCAACUUGAGUUCGGAUGAACAAGAAUGGGGCCUUGGGGGCGAAGCAAUGGCAGAUGACGUCAGUUACAGUUUCAGCUCGAGCGAUGAAAGUAAAGAUAGGGAAUCUAUGAAUAGUAGCAGAUACAGGCAAUCCGCACCGUUAGCAUUACAAAAUCUGAUGAACGCUUCCACUUUACACCCUCGUAAUGCCGAAAUCAAAAAUGUUCUCCUUACAAUAGAAGAUCCAAAAUUCGCGGCCGUGGCGGCUGCCAGUAAUAACGGCGCACUGUUGGAAGACGAAACUUCCCCGGUCGAUAGUUUGAUCUGUAGUUACUCAGAAUCCGAAGAGAUAAAGAGAAAAUAUAUGAAUAAUGACAUCAAAAAGAAUUCCCCAAACGGUUCCUCUUCGAAUUCUAAAGAUAUUAACGAAAAAUUGACAAGUCCAUCUAGUCCAGGAACACCCACCAACGCGUCCAAUUCCUUGUCUCUUUCCGACGGAAAAGAUUAUUUCGACGACGAAAUUGCCGAUCAACCUGCGCUAGUCUUUGAUGAUACAAUUCCCGCAAACGAACCUAUCAGUACUUCUCAGCAGAACUCCGAAAACACCCCAACUUUAAUGGACAGUACACCUAAGCUUAGAAGGAAACAGACGAAUGCUUUCGAAUACAGCCCCCUACUAAUGAGAAAGAGAACGCUUUUGCACAGCCGAACGGAUUCUGUGGAUACAUUGUCACCUUGUGAGAGUAUUACUUCCGAUGAUCUUAUGUUAGAUUACGAACAAAGUCAAGGUAGUGGCGUGGAUGAAAUUUUUGAGAGAAGCAAUCGUCGAAGCAGCGAGUUUCAUUCUUUUAACGAGACGCUUAGGGCCGAUGAAACACAGGUUGGGGAGCAAUUACGGGAGUGGGCUAAGAAUGUUGCGCCCAAUUUUGGCAAAGACGCAAAAAGUACUGCUCGAUCAGCUCGCCUUCUACGAUCAAGGGCAAGUACACCGAAUUCGAUCUCAGACUCGCCUCAUUCUGUAGAAAACAGGGUGAAUUCAAGGACCUCGCAUUCGGUGACACGAAGUCCUAUGAGACUACCCCGUCCAUCAGUAAAUUCGCCUGCCGGUUACGAUUCGGACGACUCCAUCAAAAUUGAUCGAUCCAGCCAUGGUGCCAUGGUACAAGAUAUUGUACAAAUGAAAACGAUGCUUUUUAAACUUAAACGUGUUUUAAAUGAGCAAGCAGAUGAAGAUUGUUUGAAGAAGUCUGAAACUCUCAACCCAUUCGAAAAUCAGUGUAGUCUGAAGAAUGGGCUCUUCAAUGGUCUUAGCUCAGAAAUGGCAUCUACAGAAAAUGUUUCCUUGGAAGGCGGAAGCUCGCGGCUCGAAUUGGCGGAUCUCAGACGACAGGUUCUAUUUCUUCAAGGGCAAUUAGAUGAUCGCGAUCAAAUGAUUAAUAAACUCAUUACUGAUAAUGAAACGGCUAAAUCUGCACCUGCGUCAACGAUCUCGUAUGAAGUAAGCACUGUUAAUGCUGCAACACAAACCGAUAGGCUCCGACCUAUAUCAGCAGGUCCUUCGUUACUUCAAGUUUCUCCUACAGAAGGAAAUGUGGGUUCUCUAGUCAGUGUGAAUGAAAACUCGAAAAGAUCUCGUCCAUCUCCAACUAGCGAAUUAUCAUCCCCAUUACAAAAUAGCAGCCUACAGAAGUUACACCCCAAGCUUUGGAGAAAGCCCGGGGAACCUCCAUCACCACCAAUAUACGGCUCUAAUAUGUCCACUUCAUCCAUUCCAAGGCGCGCCAAUAGUCGUACUAGAGCCCCAUCUACGCCUUCGUGAUUACUAUUAAUUUUUAUAAUUUUAUCUGAAAAAAUCUUUUUUUAAUUGUUAGUGUAGAUAUAUAAAUUUUGACUGUGAUUAUAAUGUAUAACUGUUGUAAAUUAUUAUUGUUUUGGUUUGUAAGUAAAAUCUUAAUUGUAAACAGGUGUACAUACUAUUUUUGAUCACAUAAUAAUGAAUUAUGUUUGAGACUGAGUUGUAAUUGAUACUUGUUUAUAUCUGUAUGAUGGUUAUGUUGAGUUGAAUAUGAUUUAAACUUCUUUUUUUUAUUCCAAAUGAAAGUAACGUUCACUAAUUGUUUGUUUUUGUUUGCCAUAAUUGAACCAGUUGACAUUUCAUAAACAUUUAGUGACAAAUAUGUACUUGCCCUUAAGAAAGCUAAUGCGCAAUUUGAGUUGCUGUUAUAAAGUAUUACUAGUAUAAUUCUUGUAACUAUUAAUUUAUAAUUAAUUAAAAUUUUUGAAACCAG